AUGAGUGAUGACCGAAAGUGCGGCUCUCACAAAGUGAAAGUCACCAUAUUGGCUUCUGAAUGGGGAUCAAGCAAAGGGGGGCUUUCCACCAUAAACAGAAAAUUAGCCAUUCAGUUAGCCAAAUGCCCUGAAGUGGAAAUCACUUUCUUUUUACCACAAUGCAGUCAAGAGGACAGGAAGGUUGCCUUACAAAACAAUGUGAAGAUCGUGGAGGCAACACCACUACUUGGCUAUGAACAACUUGAGUGGCUUAGCUUCCCUCCAGAUCAUCUGCAAAUUGAUAUUAUUGUGGGUCAUGGUGUUAAACUUGGUAAACAAGUACAAAUCAUCAAAAAAUUUAAAACGUGCAAAUGGCUUCAAGUGGUCCACACAGACCCUGAAGAACUUGGGAUGUUUAAAAACUAUUCCAACCCAAUUUCAAAGGGCGAAGAAAAGCAUAAGACUGAAGUAGAACUGUGUAAAAUGGCGGAUCAUGUUGUAGGAGUUGGGCCCAAGUUGAGUGAGGCCUUCCGCUCAUAUCUUCGUAGCUGUAAAAAAGAUGACACUGUUCUUGACUUCACUCCUGGAGUAUUUGAAGAGUUUGCAGCCUUGGAGCAGGUUUCCAGUGAACGGCAACAACGUAGUGUCUUAGUGUUUGGUCGGGGAGAUGUAGAAGAUUUUGAAUUAAAAGGGUUUGACAUAGCCGGGAAAGCAAUUGCUGCAUUAGAAGAUACUCGUCUUGUGUUUGUUGGAGCCCCAGAUGGAAAACACAAAGAAAUAGCAAAAUGGUUGACUGAAUGUGGUGUUCCUGAAAGGCGCUUGAGAGUAAGAGGAUUUGUUAAAGAGCGAGAGCGUUUGAAGGACUUGUUUCAAGAAGUGGAUCUUGUAAUCAUGCCUUCAAGAACAGAAGGCUUUGGAUUGACAGGACUCGAGGCCCUGUCAGCUGGUCUCCCUGUGCUUGUCAGCAGUAACUCUGGUUUUGGAGAAGCUCUGUGUAGUGUACCUUUUGGUUCAACAUAUGUUGUUAACUCAGAUGAACCCGCAGAUUGGACCUCAGCUAUUAAGAAAAUAUGGUCUAAGGAUAGAAAAAGUCGACUGAAGGAAGCAAAAAUGUUGCGUGAUUCCUUUGACAAAAAGUACAACUGGGCCAUGCAGAUAAAAGAUCUUAUUGAGAAGAUGAUCAGUUGGGUUCACGGUAUGAACUUCAAUUUGAUUGACAGUUGCAUUUCAUCAUGUAUUUAUAUUGGACAUUAAGUUGCACAAUAUCAAGUACUGAAAAUUAUUAUUAUUAUUAUUAUUAUUAUUAUUAUUAUUAAUUGGUAGCAUCAAGGUAUUAAGUUCAUAAGAAGGGUGGCUGGUUGCCAUCUGUAUGUCACAAACACCUUUCAUUGAGUUCCCUAUUACAGAGGAAAUAAAUUAGGACAUGAGCUCUGAAAAGAAGUGAAUAACAAACAAACAAAACAGAACCAAGAAUCAACUGCUGAGAUUUUUUUGUCCUAAAAAUAUCAUUAAAAAAAUUAAAAUAAAAGAUGGCUAGUAUUAAGUUUGGUAAUCAUGACCCAGCUAAUCUUUUGUGCGCUUUAUCCCCAACUCAUUAGCGUGAUUAUUUCAUAUAUUUGCCAGUUAACAAAAGCAGCCAAUUUAUUGUUAUCUACUCCUUUAUUUAAACAGAUGAUUCUUCAAAUCAUCAGAGGUAUUCAGAAACCAAAUGCAGUAUAGGUUCUCAGUGGAUGGAGGGCAUUACUGAAGACAUUGAAGGUAGCCUUAUAAUAUUUAUUAUUGUAAUGCUUGUUUUGACUGAAUGGUGUUUCUGGUGAAAAAGUGUUCUAUGAUAUGGGGGGAUUAUAAAAAGGGCCACUUAAGUUAAGCCUGCUGAUCAAGUGAAGAAUAUUUUGAAGUUUGGUUGCCAAGGACAUAUUUUAUGGGCAGGCCAUCUGAUAUUACGCGAUGGUGCGAUUUUGCACAAUUGACCUAAAAUCGCAUGCGAUCGCACAAUUCAUAAAAAAUCACAUAAUUCAUUAAAAAAAUGCUAAAUUCAAUCAAAGUAAACAAUAAAUUCUAACUUUAAUUAAACAUUUUCCCAAUCGUAAUGUUAUUUAAGGUGAUUUACCACCAAAGAAAGGGGUGUUACUAAAACGAAGACCCAAAAACGAAGACCUAAGACCUAAGACCCCUUGGACUAAAACGAAGACCCUAUGGACUAAAACGAAGACCCUAUGGACUAAAACAAAGACCCCAUGGACUAAAACGAAGACCCCUUGGACUAAAACGAAGACCCCAUGGACUAAAACAAAGACCUCAUGGACUAAAACGACUGAUGCUAACCGCUGAGGGCAACAGUCCCAAAUCGCUUCGUUUUAAAUAAAACUGACGUCAUCUUCGCCGUCCACUUCCAAAGAGGUUAAGAACAUGCAAAAUGUUUUCCGCAAAGAAACCUGAAGGAAAGGUAAGUGAUAGACUUAACUAUCACAACUAAAUACUGCAGAGGAAAUUCCACAACAUUCCCAAAUCGCCGUAACAAAUUAUGGGAGCGGGCGUUGUCCUCAGCGGUUAGCAUCAGUCGUUUUAGUCCAUGGGGUCUUCGUUUUAGUCCAUGGGGUCUUUGUUUUAGUCCAUGGGGUCUUCGUUUUAGUCCAUGGGGUCUUUGUUUUAGUCCAUGGGGUCUUCGUUUUAGUCCAUAGGGUCUUCAUUUUAGUCCAUGGGGUCUUCAUUUUAGUCCAUGGGGUCUUCGUUUUAGUCCAUGGGGUCUUCAUUUUAGUCCAUAGGGUCUUCGUUUUAGUCCAAGGGGUCUUAGGUCUUAGGUCUUCGUUUUUAGGUCUUCGUUUUAGUAACACCCCAAAGAAAGCCUUGCAAGACAUCUGAAACCUUUGAUUGUGGGAUCUGGGCAGCCAUAUUGAUUUCAGAGACAAACAGUAGUGUGGUCAGCAGUGUAACAGCAUCAUGUAAUAUUAAGCAGGUGUCCUAUAGAUUGUUUUCACUGUCACGCAACAAAAAAUAUUGGAAACCAUCCAGUGGAAGAAGCCAAGAAACUGAAAUGUUAUAAAAGACUAAUAUAUAAACAAUUUGUCCAAGUCUCAGAUCUUUGUGGCCAACAUGUUCUGAGUUAUUUGCCGAAACAUUUCACACACCUUUGUAGAGCUUUGUAGGGAGAUGCCAUAUUGGUGCACUGUUUUGGUGCACCAAUAUGGCCGCCGGAAAUCAACAAAACCAUCUGGAGUUCACUUUUUCUAUAAAAGCUCCUUCUUUUCACUUGAGAACUAGCAUACGUGUGCAUAAACAUAACUUCUAAUACUUAUUGAAGUGGUUAUACUGGUGAAAAUUAAGAGGAGAGACGUUUUUUUCAGUGAGACAGCAUUCCUAUUUUGGUGUCAUGCACCGUGAAAACUCGGAAGUUCAAAUUGCUGUAUUUUCGAAAUGAAACAUGCUACAGGAAUGGAAACUUGUACAAAGAUUUACUUUUUGUUUAUCUUCAACCUAGUGUAAAUAAGAAUUGAUUGUAAAACCUCACCAUUUUGACUUUACAAUUUGAUGACGUAAAGAUCUGUGAAAACCAUCUAUUUCUUUCUUUUUAUUUGUUUUCUUUUCUGGGUCAAGAUACUUGUACAAAUUUAUUUAUUUUGUUUUAAAAUAGAUGUUUUCUUAUUCUUUUACAUUCAAAUUGCCUGUUAAACAACAUUAUUAAAGCGAUUUUUUCCUUUGAAACCUGGUAAACAAUAAUGUUAAUUAGCCCUGAAAAAGUCGCAUAAUUUAUCUUGUAAUAGUCCUUUCUUAUCGCACAAUCUACCCUGAAAACAUUGCAUAAUUUCUCAUUUUUUAUGGCACCCUAUCAGAUAGCCUGUACAGGGCUCGAAAAAAAAAACUUGAAUUCAAGCUUGUCCUUUGGGCAAGCAGCUCUUGUACCUUUUGCUUGCCUACUUCUACACUGUAGAAGUGGCUUACGUACUCUACUUUAUUGAUAAUUUGCUGCAACUAAGUAACAAUGUUGAAUUUCAUUUGAAUUAUCUAUAAAGCCCGUUUUCUAGCUUUCUGUUACUGUUUUCCGUUUUUGAACCAUGUUUAGUUGGUGUGAAUGGGGCUUAAGUUAAUUAGGGUGUAAGCAAGACAUCUUUAAGCAAUUAUUGGUUAAAAGAUGUCUUGCUUAUACCCUUGCACAUUGGGCCAGUUGCUUGUUAAGCAGAAAAAUCUAUUUGUCACGGACUACUGAACGGGGCUUUUUUUUAGCUCUGUCUAAUCAUAGAUAUCUAUGGGUGACAAAAUUAUUGAGACAUUGUACUCAAAUAGGGUAACUUCAGAGCAAAACAAUUCACACCCCACCCCGCUUCACCUCCAUUCAAAGUUGAGGUGUUUAGCAUUUUCUACAGGUAGCCUUUUGAAGUUGGUAAGACUUUGUCAUAGCUUGUAUGCGGUUUCUUACAUGUGCGCAUGUGUACUAGCAUACAUCAUGGACUUGCUUGCUGAUUAAAAAAGCUUGUUGACUUUUCUAUACUGAGUGUUCUUGAAUGUGACAAUAUCCUGAUCCGAAACUACAACAGACUUCAGAAAGUCCCUUCAGGGUAAAGUGUCUCAACUAAUUUUGUAGGUAUGUGUUAAUAGAAUUCACACGGUUUGCUGCCAAUAUUUUGUACCGCGCAUGCAAUUGUCUACCCGAUCUAUCUGUAUUCUACUGAGGUUUAUCUUUAAUGUACUAGUGUUGUCUUACACCUGAUAAGACCUUUUGCAAGUAAACAUGUUUGCAUUAUCCAAAUGAAACAAAACUGAGUUAUAUUUUUUUGGGUGUAAAAUAUGUAUGUUUAAUUGGAAUUUUGAUGGUAUAAACUCCACUUAAUCAGCAAAAAACUUGUAAGAGUGUCCAUGCUGCACAGCAAUGAUCCAUUCAAACUGCUGAAAUUAUGAAAAAAGCUGGGGGGGGAUUAAAUCUUGCCUGUUCUCUAAAAUAACUCAUUGUGAUUUACAGAAAAGUAUUUUUUAUUAAAUGCUUUUAUGUCCCAUGAAAAUAAUCAAUACAAUUUGCCGCAGUGUCCACCUAUCGAACUACUGAAAAUGUAAAAACAACUAUCUUUUUUUCCAGCUCAGAACAUGCUUCCAUCCUUACAAAAUUUGCGAUGUGAUGCAGACCAGGUUCGCAACAAAACCAUCCUACCAUCUAACCUGAGAACAGUUACAGCGAAGAAAGGAUUCUUAGUUUCUGAUAACCAAGCAUCUGGGAACUGUUUGUUCUAUGCACUGUCAGAGCAACUGAAAAGUGUUAAAGGAAUCCAAAUCUCACACAAAGAACUUAGAAGCACUUUGGUCCAGUUUCUCAGAGAGAACGCUAAUCUGGUAAGGCGAUGAUGUAGUCCCGUAAUAGUAUGUUUAACUUCAUCAUGCUGGGGAAAAAAAUGGUAGAGGCCUUUAGUGUCUCCUGUAAAAUCCUAGACUAUAAAGCCAAUUUGAUAAUAUCCUGAGCCAUACCUUGUUAUGAUUUGGGAACUUUGUUGAUUUGUACCUGUAAGGGAGAAGGGGUGUACUGCAAAAAAGGGACAAUGUCCAGAUAUUAGAUUCCCGAGGACUGGCAUCUCUGAAAAAGGUAAAGUGUGUUAGAGCACCUGGUUUAACUUAAUACAGUGGUGGAUCCAGGGGAGGGGCCGGGGGGCCCGCCCACCCUUAUUUUUAGACCAAACUAAAACAUUUUGAGAGUGGGCCCCCCCAUUAUCUAAGGGUCAUGGAUGAACCCCCCCACCCCCAGCCUUUAUGAUAAGGUAUGGAUCCGGCACUGCAAUAUAUCAAUAUAUCAUUAGGAAGAAUUUCUCAAAUAAGGUAAUCACUUGAGAAUGUGUGCUUCCUUUUGCACCGUACAUGAAAGCUUUUCUUUUGAAAGACCACCACUCAUUAAAGUGAAAAAGUAUUUUCGGAGCUUAGUAUACAGUUGGCUGUACCUCUAAGUAUAUCAUUUUUUGCAGCACUUUCAUUCUGACCUGUUGUUGUCAUCAGUUAACUCAAAACUCACUCCAUUUGUAUUCUGAUUCACCAGUGAGGGUAAAAAUUCACUUGCUUGAAUGAUGUUGUUGUUGUUGUUUUUUUUAGCAUGAUGGAACAUCCAUGUUCAACUUUGUUUCCGGCUACCCAUCAUGGGGUGAAUAUUUACAAAGCAUGGCGAAAGACGGUACAUGGGGUGAUCACGUGGUUCUGUUUGCUGCAGCAAAUCGCUUUCAAACUGCCAUUCGUAUUAUCAGCAGCCUUGAUCGUGAAAUAGUUGUCCAUCCAGAACACGCAGUUGCUGACCCAACCCCCCUUGUGUUGGGACACAUUCAUGAGUUACACUAUGUUAGCCUUCAGCCUAGAAAAGGUACAAUACUAGUCUCUUCCCUGUCGCAAUCAGUCAGGUUUGUUUUACUUGUGGAAAAUGUGCUGCAGAUAUCAGCCCUGCACUGUGGUGUGGUGUUUGUGUUCAAGAGAAGUGGGAGUGGGUAACUACCUUUGCAUGGAUUCUCUUUCUACAAAUCAUCCUAAUGAGUUUAUUAAUAAUGUAAUCGCCUUUGUUCAUGCGGAGAAAAUUAUUUCCUGCUGAAUGUUUAAUAGCCUUUCCUCACUUCAAAUAUCCUAUACUCAUAGGAGUAGAUCCUGUUCAGCCGGAAAUUUUUCAGAUUUUCAGACGCAACAAAGUGUGACCUGUUUAGCUUAAUAGUUGUGAUUGAGAAGAAGUGAUUGUGAUGUCGAACAGGCGAGUUUGAAGCAGUUCACAGUAAAAAAUCCACGCUUUAUACUGAGUGACUGGAAUCGUAAGCUAAUAUUGGCUUGCGAUUUUACACCAAGAGAUGAUUAUUAUAAUAAGAAGAGUUUUAUUCAUGGCGUCUUACCCUUUGUAAAGUACCAGUUUUAAGGCGCUCGGCCCCUCGAUCUUUCUCGAGUGAUGCGUACCAAAUGCUGCAUACCGUAAAGGAAACGAAAAGGUAUUCAAAGAUUUUUAAAAGAGAUUCUAUUUCCAGGAGUGGCGGACUGAAAUGUCCAUUACUCAGAACUUGUCCAAGAAUAUUUUUUUUACUUUUUAAGAAAUUUAGCGCUUUCCGUUCAGAAUAUUCGCAUGUCACUUUCAUGACUCCAUUUCUAUGGACGUAGGCACUUUCAUGAUUUGCAGUUUUGGUAUUGUAUUAUUGCUAGGUGAUCAUAAGUUAUCUAAGGUUAUGUCAGUUGUCAAAGGUUCAUUAUUGACCUUCUAACCAUACUGUUAACAGUACAAAAUAAAAAGACUGUGAUAGAGAAUGCUUUUUUUGUCGACUGACGGACGGUUCUUCCGCCUCAGUGAAUAUAACUGUGAGGAUCUAAUGGCCGUUGUUUACUAUUUUUUAUUUUGCCAGAUGAGUGUUUAUUUGAAAAGAAUAAGAGGGGUAAUGAAGGGUACAUGAUGGAAAACGACGAAAUCAGAGCAAAACCAAGGAGGAGCAUGGAAGAUCUUAAGGCUUUUAGAUCUCCAGGUACGAGUUCAUGAUAUGCAUCUAGCGACCAUCCUUCUAUUGUCAAAUCCCCUCCCCCCCCAACCCCCACCCCCCCCCAAAAAAAGCCAAAUGUACCGCCUCAAAUCAAAAAUAGAAACCCUUUCAAAGAUACAAUCUCCCCUCCACAAGCUUUUGUGCUACUGAGGCAGGUAAGCCACGAAUUCAAAUCCCCCCUCAAAAAAAGGCGAAUUGUACCGCUUCAAAUCAGAAAUAGAUACCCUUUAAGAGUACCAAUCUCGUCUCCAGAGGCUGUGUUGCUACUGAGGCAGGUAGACCACGAAUUCAAAGAUUCACGUGACAGUUGAUUUUGGCGCUAGAUGUUAACGAUUUAGGUGACUUGGCUUUCAGUAUUUAUCAACCCAACAAGAUGAACUCUUGUGUUCACAUUCCUUUCUUAUUGCUGACGUCGUUGUUUGAACCUCAGAGUUAUGCAACACAAGUAUGCUGCAACUGAAAGAACUCUUACUGAUUCGGACUUUCUGCAAACAAAAGUUUGACUUGGCUUAUGAAAUGCUCAGGAAUGUGACCACAUUCGAAGUUAGGUAACUAUAAGGUAAUGUCAGGUCUAUAUCCCGCUAAUUCCAGUGCUGCAGUGAAAUCGAGGUCAGGAUACUUCUAUUCGGUGGUGGAAGCGGAGACGUAAAACAAUGAAUCAUGAAUCUUGGGAAAAAAGAUGUGAAUAAAUCAUGAAUCAUUGGGUAAAAAAGGCAGGAAUCAUAAAUAGCGAAAGACAAAUGAUUCCCCUUCCACCUCCGAAUUCUCAUGCGUUUUUUAAUAGAAUCGCAAAGUACUUCUCAAAGUAUGUCAUAUUUCCCUAAUCAUGCACCCUCCAUAAUAUACCAACUAACAGGUCAAAUACUUGAUAACGUUUAAGCAGCGUGUAUGAACAUUCAUUUUUUAGAUUUGUCAUACCCAAGCGACAUUUUUGAGAGCAUCCGUCAGCUGUAUAGAACUCGUGAACAACGCCUUCUGCCUGUCCCUUGGUGUGAAGAUUUCAGCUUUCAUUUGAAUGAUAUUUUUACAAGAUUAAAAAUCUCAGGCAAAGAAAAGACCCGAGGAGUACUUACUGACGAGAUAACCAAUAUGACUGCUAUAUUUAAGCUGCACAAAGAAUGUUUAAGCCCUAGAACAAUCUUGAUCGAGGGAGAUCCUGGCAUGGGAAAAACCACAUACUGUCAAAAGCUGGCGUAUGACUGGGCAACUAAGAAGGACGAAUGGGAUCUAUCUUUUCCAGAGAUUGAAGUGCUACUGCUUCUCAAAUGUAAUGAAAUUCAAUCCAACAUCUGGGAGGCUAUUGAUGAUCAAAUUUUACCCGAGGAAAUGGAAGAUCAAGCUAAGGAAUGUUUCUUUAAAUUCAUUCGCGAAAAUCAGUCGAAAGUUCUUUUAGUUCUGGAUGGAUUGGAUGAAGUGGAUCCUAGU